AUGUGUCCAAGAACAAGACAUUAUGAUCCUUCUUUAUUUUUCUCAAUUAAUAUUUCUUUCUUUUCUCUUCUUUCUUUCAGUUUAACCCUUUCGUUCUCUCACUCUUUUGCUGCCCUACUUGAUUCUUUUGUCUUCUAUUUCCAUUCUUUCUCUAAAUUUCAUGUUUACCGAUUUUCCGUCUUCCAUCUCUCAUAUUUUAUUUGUCCCUUUUCCAUUCUCAUAAUCAACCUCUCUUUCUCUCCAUCUCUUUCUUGCUUCUCUUUUCUUUCUUUCUUUUUUUUUUUUUGUUAUUUACUUCUUUUUCCUUAUCAGCUUCUUCAUGAUAUGUUCUCUUUGUUUUCUCCUUCCCUAUAUCUCAACAAAAUUUCCUUCUUUUCCUCUAUAAAAUCAUCAACUUUCUUUUUUUUUUUAAAAAUUUUUCCAUUUAUCACUUUCAACGAUCUUGUCGGGGUUAUUCCUCCUUGA